AAAGAUAUGAAUAGAGCUGUUGCACAGAUGUAAUCAACGAGGGGGUGCGGCUAUGACUGUCCGCCAUCUUGAGUGGCAAAAAUGUACAUGGUGGAAUAAGGAGAAUGGAGAAAAAAUCUGAAUAAAUUUUGCAGUUGAUGUUACAGGCUAAUGCAAGCUACGAAAUGAAGGUAUUGAGUAAAGAACUCUCUGUAAUAUUCUUCAGCAAAGUAUGAUAUCUCAUCGUUGGAGAAUCUAAGUUUGUUUUUCCAUCUCCAUUUGUCCUGUGUACAUUCUUGCCACCCAACAUGGCGGACAGUCACAGCUACACCCCCCCCCCCUGUUGAUAACAUCCGUGGAACAGCUUUAUAUUGCAACCAUUUAUAAAAAGGUCGCUGUAGGUUAAUCUUUCUAUCUUCCUCCUCUUUUACUGUUAGCUGGUUGAGUUGAAGAAUGGUAAGAUGUAUAAUGGUCAUUUGGUUAGUUGUGAUAACUGGAUGAACACUGAUACAAAAUGACUGAAGGAAGUCAUAUGUACAUUAUGAGUAAGACUCUCGGAUGGUAAUAGGUUUUGGAAGAUGCCAGAGUGUUUCAUGAGAGGCGGUAUGAUUAAAUACUUAAGAAGUCCUGAUGAGCAAGUAUCAUAUAAAGCAGCUGAUGAGGACAUUGAAGCAAUUGAAAGAGAAGAAGAGGAAGGAAAGGAGAAUGAAAAAGACAAAAGAAAGGACAAUAAUGAAGAAAGUAUUCAUUUAGAUAUGGAGGCAGAGUCAAUGUAUGAGUGGUCACUCCCAUCACAGAAGAGUACAUCAAUGGACUCUAGUAGGAUUGAAGCAGUUGUUUCCAGUAAUCCUCACUUGUCUGAGUACAUAUAUGAUGCAGAGAAUGAGAGAUGGUGUCAGUUCACACUAAAAUUUGAGACUGGUAAUGAUAAGAUUAUGAUGUCUUAUUUUAUAGAAAAACUAUCAAACAAAAUUGUUGUUUGGGAGGUUCCUGAUAUUAAGAAAAGAUUCCUUGCUGAGAGCUAAGUACCUGGAGAAGAGGAAAUCUACCGUUUAAAAACUGAAGGAACUGAGGAAGCAUUCUGACCUGCUCAAUGUUAGGAAAGUAUAUACUAACAAUAUACACACUAUUGCCUCCACUUUUAGCAUUUAAGCUGCUGCUGUAGCCAUUAUCAAAAUUAAUAACCAUAUACAAUGACUGGUCACAGGAAUUUCUGUAUGCUUCUCCUACAGGAAGUAUCAAGUGUAUUCAAUGUGUAUGGCAUAUCAGUUAAUCAUCAUCACCUGUCCCUUAUUGCUGAUUACAUGAGAUUUGAUGGAGACUAUGAGUCCUUUAGUAGGUUUGGUAUGAACAGUAACAGCUCUCCAUUCCAACAGAUGAGUUUUGAGACUACAAUGAAGUUCUUAAGAAGUGCAACAGUUAGAGGAGAUGUUGAUACUCUUUAGUCGCCCUCAGCUUGUCUGGUGACUGGUAAUGUGGUCCAUGGGGGGACUGGAGCUUUUCAAUGUUUACAAAAACUAGUUAUGUGAUCUUAAUUGUUUUAUUGAAUUAACUUAAUAAUUA